CUCCUUGCCACACCUCGGGUAAAGACUUUCUCGCUUUCUCUUUUUUAUAAUUCUUAUCAAGCUCCAAGCGAUCAGACCUGGCUGAGUUAAUCAGGAAAACUUCAGCGAAUAUUGAACGACUACAUGCACAAUCCAUCAGGAGGAGAACAGAACUGACGUACAUCAGAGCAGCAGAUGUUCACAACCUGUUGACAAGUGAACACGUGAUUUUAGCCCGGAAGAAGAAAAGAUUUAACUUCAAGUGUUGAAGCAUUUGAGAAAGUAAUAACACCAGACUACAUUAAGGCUGAUUUCUUCCUUUGUUCCCAAGUCAUUCUGUUGCAUUAAGAUUUGCCUGAUCAAAUGGCAGAUAAUGUGGCGAUUGCAAGCAGGAAUGCAGAUGAUGAUUGUGGGUUAACAGAUGGUAAUAAGCAAGCUUGUGAAAAAUCACAAAGCCCGACAGAAAAUAUAGAAGCAGCGGUGCAUACACCACCCCAGAUGAGCAGGGGAGAAAUGGGGUCACGAGACUACAAUCACGCUCUCUCUCUGAGUUGGUUUUCCAGGCUCCUAUUAUUUUUGUGUCUGCCCUCCCAAAACGACCUCCCCACAACCACCAUCAAACACGCACACCACUACGCAAAAGAUGGAUCAACUCAAAGCAAUUCUGAGUCAUUGAGUCAUAAAAAGAGAAAACAAGGAGCAGAAAGUAGUGAAACAAAGGCACCUAAAACUCAUAAUACAAACAAACAGAUCCCACAAUCAGCCAUGUCUGAAAAGAAAUCAACCCCUAAUACAAGUCAAGAUGCCUUCAUACAGAUCCCACUUUCAGUCAUGUCUGGAAUUAAGUCAUCCUCUUCCUCUUGCUCAGUUGAAGGUCAAAAUGGCAUGUUUAAAUUAAUAGAUGGAAUUCCUUCAUUUGCUGACAGUGAAUCUAAAGUGACUGAAAUAAGGACAAGAAAAUCUUAUGUAAUAUUAUACAACAAAGUAACCAGAAAUGCUGUUUGGGUGUAUGAGAUACUGAACAACAGUACUUUAGUGAAGAAAUGUAAGGAGCAUAUGAGCUUUGGACGGAACCAAUUAGAGAACACCAACAGAACCAACAAAACAAACAGAACCAACAGAACAAACAGAACCAGAACCAACAGAACAAACAGAACCAGAACCUACAGAACAAACAGAACCAGAACCUACAGAACAAACGGAACCAACAGAACAAACAGAACAAACAGAACCAACAGAACAAACAGAACAAACAGAACCAACAGAACAAACAGAACCAACAGAACACCAACAAAACAUCAACAAGGUCAUCUUGCUGCAGCUGCCAAUCACAGGUGGUGUCAGGAAGCAUAUCAUGACACUUUUUUGUUGACCAACAUGAUACCACAGCUUUCUAAAACAAACCAACGCAUAUGGAAAGAUUUGGAGGAGUAUUGUCGAAAGCUAGCUGUUGAGUUUGGCUGCAAUGUCCAUGUGUACACUGGACCACUUUACCUGUGCAAGAAAAGUGAGGAAUAUGAGCGUGUGCUUGACCCAAAAAAUCCCCAAAACAGUGAAGAGAAAGCAGUGCCAACUCACCUCUUUAAGGUGGUAAUUGUGGAGGAAAAUGGAAAAGUAGAAAAACUAGAAUGCUAUGUGAUGCCCAAUAAAAAAUCAGAAUACAAAAAAAUAUAUGAAGAAACUGGUGUUUCUCCAAGCGAAUUAGAAUUAGUAGAUUUCAAGAAAACAAUUGAGGAAAUUCAGAAAUGGUCUGGGCUAAACUUUAAAAUAGACAAACCUCAACAUAACAUGAUGGACAGUAUAGAGAUAACAUGGGAAGGAGAAGAUGAAAAAGGAGAAUCAUGUGAGGCUAAAGUAAAAGUCCAUAUAGUGAAGGAUCCUUAGAUCCUGUCACGAAUCUGGUCGGUGACCUGCGGUCCGCUCACCACCAGAUGUCGCCCUUGCUCUAUCAUUACACACAGACUGUCGCUCCACACCCCGGACUACAUCUCCCAGUAUCCAUCGCGCUGAUUGCCACAGAGUAUUGUGAGUUGUUAGUGUUAUUGUGUUUCUAUUAGCGUUCCCUAGUUUCCUUGUUCCGAGUUCCUAGUUCCCAGUGUUUCGUUCCCUCACCUGGCCCUUCUCGUCUCGACUGCUCGCCGCCUGCCUUUCUGGACUCUUGCUUGUGUUAUUGGAUUAUUCUCUACGUCUUGCCUGUGACAUUCCUGUUUGCUGUUGUUUGACCCUGCCCGCUCGACCAUGUAUCUGUCUAGUCCCUUCAAUAAAAGCUCGCAAGUGGAUCCGCUCGCCUCUCGUCCUUUACUCCCUGUUACAGAUCCUUACAUGCAAAUUAUUGUGUUGUGUUUAAAUUUUAUGUUUGUUUUUAAUUUUAUUUAUAAUCAUUUAUUUACAUAAUUAUUUAUAAUCAUUUUAUAAUCAUUAGUCAUUCACAUAAUUCAUAUUUAAUUAUGUAUUUGAUUAUUUAAGUAUUUAUAAUUUAUUCAUUUAUUUAUAUAUUUUAUUCAUUUAUAUGUUUUUAUAUUUCUUAUUAUCUUCCUUGCUUAUGCAUUUUCAUUAUUGUUCAGUUCCAAGAUUGUGGGGUUUCAUGAAUUGUUUGGUCUAAGAAAUAGAUAACGGGGAUGUUUAUGGAAAUUCAAGGUUUAUGGGAUGUUGAAUUUGUUUGAUAUAUCAUUGUUCUUUGAGCUGUACUCCCCAGACAAGUCUGAACAUUGAGACAUACGCAACUAAAACUGUUCAAUAAAUUCUGUUAUACCUUUUUACCAUCAUCACUUCGUCUCCUGCUUCUGCUCUUUUCUGGCUUCCAUCGAUAACUGACAGAAACCUGCUGUUAGCGGGGUUGGGGUAACGACAGCUUGCUGACUAGUUGUCCUGUUACCGAAAGACUGAUAUUUUCCGGGGACGACUCUCGCAGGCGUCUUCUCCUGGCUUAACUACUGCAAGGCAGAGUGAGUGUGUUCUGUUUAACAUUUCAUGAACAAUUCAGUACGUACUGUCGUGGUAGCUUCUUGCUACUGGGAUUAUUGCUACAGAUUAUAUAAUUUCUUCAGUUAUGGAGGAGGCAGAUGUUAAUAACUGAAAAGAGAUAACUGAAAAACUGACACAACAUCUAAAAGAGCACUUUAAGAUUAAAGAAGCAGAACAAGAAAUAGUUGCGAAAUAUAAAAUUAGUGGUAAAAUUCAAAGAAUGAAAACUAGAGAAUCAAGGCGAAUCCCUUGGAUUCUUGCCACUUUGUCUAAAUGUAGAAAAUGGGAAAUGAAACUGCAAACAGAUAAUCAUAACAGAGACAAAGAAAUUAUGCAGAAGAAACUGAAGGGGUUACAAGAUAGUCAGGAGUUAAAAUCUCAGCUUGAAAAUGAAAAGAAACCCAAAACAGCUAAUGCAAAUGUUCAAAAUUUACAAAGGACUGACCAAAACCAAAUUUCUGCUUUACUGCAUUCGAAUGCAUCUGGUGCUGAUAGUGACACUGAUAUGACCACAGAUUCAGAUUCUGACACAGACAUUGAUGAUUGUGAAAGGGGCAACAGCAAAGGCCAUUGUGAGUAAACAUCAAGAAAGGGAAAAAACUAACUGAGCUUUAUCUUCAGAAAACGGGAAAGAAGGGAAUGUGUUAAUGGAUCAUGAGGUCAGAGAUUCAGAUGUUAUGCAGUACAAAUAUACACCCCCAACUUCUAAAGAGGUGUAUGAGUGGUCAAAGGAGGUAGGAAAUAUCAGAAAAGACAUGAGAUCAGAGAUCAAGAGAUUUUUUCUCUGUCAGUCAGAGAUGGUUUCAGCAUAGUCUCAGUCAACCUGUCAUCAGCAGACAGGAAAAGUUUGAAAGAAGCUCUUGGUGAAUCUUUAAUUAGUGAACGUCUGAUUGAUGACAGGGCUGAGAGAGAAGGGUGGAAAAAAACUUAAGGCUUGGUGUAGGAAAGCACAACAGCAAAAGGUUGAUUGGAAUGAAAUUACAAGGUGUAAACAAAAGACAGAUGAAAGUGUUGAGGAUUACACUGAACGAUUGUGUGAGACCUUUUCACUUUACUCUGGCUUGGAUGUUGGCUGUGAGCCAUCAAAAAUACUAAAUAUUCUAUCAAAUUAAUAUCAUAUAUAAGCUAUAAAAUCUGCAGUGCAUAUAUACAUACAAGGAAUAAAUACUUGAAAUAUAUUUUAGUUAACUGAUAGACAAGGGGAAAAAAACUGUGCAACACAUAACAUAGCCUAUAUUUGAUGAGUUUCAGUUCAGUUUUGUGACAGAAAGGAAACUAAAAAUGGCAGAAAGCGACAUUCUAUUUGUUUUUUUGUUUAAGUUGGUUUUGCUGGUAUUGAGAAACGUUGAAGUAAUCGUACUUUAUCAAAGUAAAACACAGUGAACCAAACUGACAGAUUGUACAAAGUUUAUAAUUUACAUAAUAAAUAUUAGCUUCCGGGACCGGUUUGAGGGCCAAUGCGUUAAAGGUUGUUAGGCUGCAUUAAUUAGGUCAACCGGAACCGGGAACACUUCCCAUAACACCCGAUGUGCUCAGUGCAUUGUAAGAAGAAUUGCAUCUAUGCUAAAGUUAGUCUGUUUCUUUCUUAUUCCGAGGUCACCUUAACCACCAGAUCCAGUCCGUAUCCAGAUCAGAUGGUCACUGCAGUCCCCCCGGUCCAGUCCGUACCCAGCCCAGAUGGUGGAUCAGCACCUAGAGACGACCUCUACAGCCCUGAAUGUCAGCGGAGACAACAUCGACUAGAUGAGCCCCAGAAAAGGAUCCCCAGUGAAGACCUCAUCACCUAGACAGCCAUCGGCAGAAGACCGCAGGAAUCAGAUGAGUCCUCUGUGUCUGGCUAGAGGAGAACUGGCCCCCCGACUGAGCCUGGUUUCUCCCAAGGUUUUUUUUCUCCAUUGUCACCGAUGGAGUUUUGGUUCCUUGCCGCUGUCGCCUCUGGCUUGCUUAGUUGGGGACACUUUUUCUUCACACAAUAUUGUAUUUUACUGAACUGAGCUAGAUGAUGACAUCAUUGAAUCCACUGAUGAACUCCCUUUGCCUGAAAAUUGAGUGUUUACUGUUGCCCUUUUGCAUUAUCGAUGCACUAUUUCCUAUUUAAUACUGUAUAGACGCUUUUGUCACA